AUGGAGCUUCCAAAGUCGAGCAACAGCAACAAGUUCCAGAGAGACAGGAAGAACUAUCUGGAACAGACUUUGGAGGAAACCUGCUCACCACAAGCCACAGAGAUCAGCAGUCAUUUACAAUGUAGAGAAACCAGAUCAAACUCCCUCACAGCCGACAGAACAGAAGCCAAAGCAGGGUUCAUCACUUCUCUACAGCCUCUGAUGAUCCAGUGUAGUCCAUCUCAGGCCCCUCGACCUCCCACCCUACAGGAAUGUGAGGUCAUCAUACGCCAGCUGUACAACGCUAACAGCCUACAGUCCCAGGAGAUCCAACGUGUGAAAGCCGUUCUCAAAGACAUUGUAUUCAACAAGAAAAUAAUUGCAGAGAAUUACAUUUUGACCAAGGCUUAUCUUGCUGAUGGUAAAAGAGCUGACGAAUCAGACACAUUUCCUCAGCUUUCUCUCCAAACACUGCCUAAAGGACUACCUGUGUCUCAGGCUACUAAAGCAGAGAAAGUGAUCCUCCCUGCCCUCAAACAGCCCCUCAACGUAGCAGACAGACACGGGAGGACUCAGGCUGUGCAGAGACGUCGUCUACAGAGGACUAUGCGCUGAAGGACCAG